CUUGUAUUUGUGUCUGUGCAGUCCUCCCACAACAAUGGAUGAUGGAAGAAGAAGGUCUCUGGAACCAACAGAGGAACUUCAGAGUGGAACAAAAUGAUCCAGAAUCUACAGAGACUAAAGAGGAACCAGAACUUCUACAGAGAGAAAAGAAACAGGAGGAUCCAGAACCAUUGCAGAUUAAAGAGGAGCAGGAGGUACCAGAACCAUCACAGAUUAAAGAGGAACCAACAUCUCCACAGAUUAAAGAGGAGCAGGAGGAACCAGAACCUCCACAGAUUGAAGAGGAGCAGGAGGAACCAGAACCUCCACAGAUUGAAGAGGAGCAGAAUGAACCACAGACCAUUCGGAUUAAAGAGACUUUCACCUUGAUGGAGAUUCCUACUUUUGAGGAACAUGAGAAGAGUGAAGCAGAUUUAAACAAUCAGCUGAGCUUUAAUGGAACUGAGAGUCAGAAUGAAGAAGGAAACCAACAUGAAGAAUCAACAUCAACUCCAGAUGAAGAGACAGAGCCACAGAACAGAGAUCAGAGGAAAAGAAGAGACAGAAGUCAUGUCCAAAGUGUGGCCAUCUCUCACAUGUCAGAAAGUCAGUGUGACUCUGAUGUUAGAAAAAAGUUCAAGAUGAAAACUUUGGUUUUGAAGCACAAACAAUCGCCAAAAGAACCAAGACUUUCCUCUGCAGGGUCUGUUAAAAAAACAAUAAUUCGACAUGAUGUGUCUUUCCAGAUGAGAUCUGAGUCUGAUGAAAGACCUUAUGUCUGUGAGGAAUGUGACAGAAAAUUUUGUUAUGUAUCACAGCUCAAAACUCACAUGAGAAUCCAUACAGGAGAAAAGCCUUUUCUGUGUAAAGAAUGUGACAGACGUUUUAGUUGCAUGUCUAAUCUAAAAUCACACACGAGAACUCAUGCAGGAGAGAAGCCUUUUCCGUGUAAAGAAUGUGAUAAAAGCUUUAGUUGCAUAUCUAAUCUUAAAACACACAUGAGAACUCACACUGGAGAGAAGCCUUUUUUGUGUAAAGAAUGUGAUAAAAGUUUUAGUCAAAUAUCAGCUCUUAAAACACACAUGAGAACACACACAGGACAGAAGCCUUUUCCGUGUGAAGAAUGUGAUAAAAGCUUUAGUGUGAAAUCUCAUCUCAAAGAACACAUGAUGAUUCAUACAGGAGAGAAGCCUUUUUUGUGUAAAGAAUGUGACAGAGGUUUUAGUAAAGUAUCUAGUCUCAAAAAACACAUGACAACUCAUACAGGAGAGAAGCCCUUUUUGUGUAAACAAUGUUAUAAAAGUUUUAGCCGCAUAUUUGUUCUCAACGAACACAUGAGAACUCAUACAGGAGAGAAGCCUUUUUUUUGUAAAGAAUGCAAUAAAAGUUUCACUCAUAGAUCUAAUCUCAAAGAACACAUGAAAACUCAUACAGGAGAGAAGCCUUUUUUGUGUAAACAAUGUGAUAAAAGUUUUCGUCGCUUAGCUGUUCUCAAAGAACAUAUAAGGACACACACAGGAGAGAAGCCUUUUUUGUGUGAAGAAUGUGAUAAAAGUUUUCGUGUGAUAUCUAAUUUCAAAACACACAUGAAAACUCACACAGGAGAAAAGUCUUUUCCGUGUAAAGAAUGUGAUAAAAGUUUUAGUCUGAAGUCUUAUCUCAAAGCACACAUGAUAAGUCAUACUGGAGAGAAGCCUUUUUUGUGUAAAGAAUGUGAGAAAAAUUUUGGUCGCAUGUCUGAUCUCAAAACACACAUGAAGACUCAUACAGGAGAGAAGCCUUUUUCAUGUAAAGAAUGUGAUAAAAGUUUUAUUCAAAUAUCUAAUCUAAAAAAACACAUGAGAACUCAUACAGGAGAGAAGCCUUUUUCGUGUAAAGAAUGUGACAGAAGUUUUAGUCGCAUAUCUAGUCUCAAAACACACAUGAAGACUCAUACAGGAGAGAAGCCUUUUUCAUGUAAAGAAUGUGAUAAAAGUUUUAUUCAAAUAUGUAAUCUCAAAAAACACAUGAGAACUCAUACAGGAGAGAAGCCUUUUUCGUGUAAAGAAUGUGACAGAAGUUUUAGUGAAAGAUCUAAUCUCAAAAAACACAUGGGAACUCAUACAGGAGAGAAGCCUUUUUCUUGUAAAGAAUGUGACCGAAGUUUUAGUCAAAUAUCUAAUCUCAAAAAACACAUGAGAACUCAUACAGGAGAGAAGCCUUUUUUGUGUAAAGAAUGUGACAGAGGUUUUAGUAAAGUAUCUAGUCUCAAAAAACACAUGACAACUCAUACAGGAGAGAAGCCUUUUUUUAAAACUAGGGAAACUCACAGCAGAGGACUUGUGAAGAAAAGACAAUAAUAGAUUAAACUAGGAAGGUUUAACUAUUGUGAAAAAACAUUUUCCCUAACUUUUAGAGCCAGUUAAAAUCAACCUUUAAAAAUUGUAUUAUAAUGUUCAUUCCUCACCAGAAACAACCCCAAAGUGGUAUUUUGAUCCAUUCAGGCAUUUCUGGGUAAUCCUCUAAAAAUCUCAGAUCUGAGCA